UUACGUUGUAGACAUGUUUUUUAGGUGCAUAUUUUUCCUUUCACUAUUCGUGCAUCUUUGGUUGGUGCGUCCUAGCUCCGCGGCCUACAAUGUGGUUAGCUACGGUGCUAGAGGGGACGGCAGGACGGACUCUACGGCGGCGUUCCACCGCGCAUGGGCGGCGGCGUGUGGCUCGACUAGGCCGGCCUCGGUUUACGUGCCCCGCGGGUACUUCUUGAUACGCCCGGUGUCGUUUAACGGGCCGUGCCGGAGUAGGAUGGAGUUCCGAGUCGACGGCACCAUAGUUGCUCCGGACAACAAUAUUUACGCCAUUGGGAAUUCGCAGUUUUGGAUUUUGUUUUAUAAGGUCAAUUGGCUGUCGGUCUAUGGUGGCACCAUUGAUGCUAAAGGGCAUGGUUUUUGGGCAUGUCGAAAGAAUGGUCGCAACUGCCCCGGUGGCGCCAGAUCAUUGACAAUUAUGCACUCAAGCAAUGUGGUGGUGAGUGGGCUAACAUCACUCAACAGCCAAACAAUUCACAUUGCGAUUGCUUACAGCAGCCAUGUGAGAGCUCAAAAUGUGAAAAUCAUAGCCCCAAGUGGAAGCCCCAACACGGAUGGGAUCCAUGUGCAGAACUCAAUGGGUGUGACAAUCACUGAUAGUACCAUAAGGACUGGCGAUGACUGCAUCUCCAUAGGUCCAGGCUCCAUGAACUUGUGGAUUCAGAAGAUUGGCUGUGGCCCUGGCCAUGGCAUCAGUAUAGGAAGUCUAGGAAAUAGCAACAACGAAGAAGGGGUGCAAAACGUGACAGUGACGAACACAGUGUUCACAAAAACCCAAAACGGCGUGAGGGUGAAGUCAUGGGCAAGGCCAAGUGGUGGCUACGCAAGAAACCUAAUCUUCAAAAACCUCAUCAUGAGAAAUGUUGGCUACCCUAUCAUCAUCGACCAAAGAUACUGCCCAGAUGGCUCCUGCCCCAAUCAGAAUUCAGGUGUUAAGGUUAGCGGGGUUACAUACAGUAACAUCAAAGGGACAUCCUCCACACAAGAAGCCAUUAAGUUCGAGUGCAGUUAUAGCAACCCAUGUCGUGGAAUCAAACUGCAAGACAUAAAACUCACUUACGUUAAUCGCCUGCGCAGGCCCACUCUCACCUAUUGCAAAAAUGCAAGAGGAAGCCACAGUGGCAUUGUCACCCCCAAAAGUUGUUUCUGACCAACACACAAAAUACAAACUUAUUAUUAACCUUUGCUUUCAUCGACAUCUUGUCGUGUACAUAUAUUUCUCCAAACUACCUCUGAACCAAAAUCGAAAAAAGUAUGAAUUUGACCUUAUUAUGGUGGUGUACAAACAUUUGGAGAUUUGUCUCUCGAUAUUUAUCUCCAUCACUUGUCUCCGAAGCAUUUCUUAUAGCUUCA